AUGUCGAAGGGCAUAGCAUUGAACACGUCGUGUGUUCUGUACAUAGGAGCCAUUCCCUACAAUUGGGAUGUUGAGGUGAUAAAGGCUGUGGUAUGUGGAAGCGGACCGAUUGUCGAUGUCCGCUGUAUGAUGGACAGUCCUGGCAAGAAUAAGGGGUUCUGUUUCGUCGAAUAUGCCACUCCAGAUGACGCGCAAAGAGCCUUGAGGUUGCUAUCGCAGGUGAAGAUCGAAGGCCGUAAGAAGCUGAGGAUCGAGCUUUCCAAGGAAGGAUUGCGGAAUCCUUCGCCAGUCGGGACCAAGCCCGAGUUGCUGCUUUCCCGCAACUUCCUCCCACCAAACGUGGUAAUUCCCAACGAAAUGAUGAACGGUCUUUCGCACCAGCCCACAAGCUUCGACUUCAACUCGAACGGAAACGCUUACGCACACCAACCAUCACAGCUAUCACAACCGGAUUUGCUUCAGCAGAUCUCCUCGAGUCCGCAGCUCCAACGCAUGGUGCAGCAGAUGUUGUCGCAGGGAAUGGACAUGAACCAGGUUUCCAACGUUAUCCAGCAGUACCUGAGUAAGGGAUCGCAAUUUCCACAACCCCCUCAGCAAAGGAUCGUUAUGCCCAAUUCUUUGUUGGACGCCACUAACCACCUUCCCAAGGUCGAGAAAUUGCCGUUUGUGACCCGCGAGAGGAUCUCCGAGACCCUCUCGCAAAUCCACCCAGCCGUUCUGAUCCAGUUGAUUGCGACUCUGAAGCAGACUCUGGAGGGUCCUAAUCAACAGUAUGCGGCAACGGUCUUGAACAGCAACCCGCAGUUGGCUGUGGCCGCGGCCCAGUCGCUGUUGCUCAUGGGUGUCAUAGACACAGACGUGAUUGACCAGGCCGUUUCGAAAGCAAACACCCAACAACAGCCCCAGCAGCCUACUCUUUCAACUCUGCAACAAAGCAAUGCAGCUUCAGCCGCUUCUGCGGCCGCGGUGGUCAACUCAGCCAUCCCCUUGCAGCCAACCAACGCCCAUACCAAUAAUCAGUUCCACCAGGAAACGUCGAACCCAAUGUACAAUAACUCAAACUAUGCUGCAUCCUCAUCAGUCGAUCCAGAUUGGAUUGGUCUAUCACAAAGCACCAUUGAGAAACUCUCAAAGAUGGAAAAGAGCGAAUCGUCUUUGAUCGUACAGGUCUUGAAGCUGCCUCCAGACCAGGUUGAGAACUUACCUCCUCAACAGAAGAUCAUGGUUGAACAACUUCGCAAUCAAUACAGGUGA